AUGAUGUAUGAUAGUGCUGGUCUUGGAGGACCGCCCAUUCUCAAGUUUUCCAAAUUUGCAUCUUCUUAUGAUAUCUAUGACAAGAUCCAUGAGAUGGCAACUGAACACACACCAACUGAAGCACCUACAACAGCCUACCGUCCAAACUUGGACCACACAUGCUGUGUCACGGCCAAUACCCUGAUUGUGAAGAUGUUCAACACAAUCAACAAAGCUCUUUUUGUCACAAGCUGGACAACCUAUCUUGAGCAAAAAGCUGCCAACAAAAACUUACUGAGAGUGAAACACUUCAUCCCUCUGACCCGUGCCGCUACAGCUACCACCACUACUGCAAUCAUAGAUGUUGACAACAUUGACAUCACUAACACUCAGUCUGUUGAGUCACACAUUGAAAAAUGUGUUUGCCUCAAAACCAAGAAACAGACCAAGAACCUGGAGAAAGAAAUCCAGACGCUUAAACGUGCCUUUACAAAAAACAACUCCAGAGGGGCCAAUUGCCAGGCGCCUCCAACAAAAAGGAGACUGGUCAAAAGCGUUGCUCAUCUGGGACCAAGCCACAGCCAAAAACUGCCGCAAAAGUUGCCGGUGCCAACGCCGUUACCUCCAAGCCAAAACCCAACUAAGGAAGGAAAUCACAGAAGAAAGGAAAGACUUCUCAAAACAAGAAAGAAAAUUCGCUCUACAAUGACAUUGCACUUUGGCCUCUUUGCAGACCCAUCAAAAUCACAUUGA